UGGAAUAAUGUGUGUUCAGUGAAUGAGUAUAGCGGUGACUUUAUGGGUAGACCGGCAAAAUUUAAGGUGACGAGUACGUGUGGUCACAUCAUGGGAUUGGACUUUCCGCCGAAGUUUAACAACUGGGAAAGGGUAGACCCUGUACAGCUAUUCGAAGCACCCACUGAGAAGAAGGAGACGAAUCCUGCGAUGAAAAUGAACGAUUUUUUGGCAUCGGAAGCGCGAGGUUGUGAGUAUUUGGUGUUGUGGCUGGAUUGCGAUAAGGAAGGUGAAAAUAUUUGUUUUGAGGUGAUAGAAGCAACAGUGAGGAAUCUGAAGGUGCCAAAAUCGGGAAAUAUUAUGGAUAACGUUUACAGUGUAAGUUUACGAUAA